GUACUGGAAUCGGAACAGCCUUUUUGUGCAAUGGACAAAUUGUUAGAGGUCAUCUAAAUGCAGCAGGAAAUCUUGGUAUCGCUCCAAUGUUUCUCCCACAAGAUUACGCUAAAUAUGUAAAAAACUACAUCACCGAACCGAUGGGUUCGACACUUUCACCACCAACGAUGAUGCUUGAUCAAUUAGCAGGUGGUAAAGCAUUAAUUCGUAUCAUCACUCAAGAAAUUGGUGUUAGAGUUGAAGAAGCAAUUCAACGACUUUCCAAAUAUUCUUCUCCAAAAGAAGUCCUUUCAAACUCUUCAGAUAAUGAUGCUGAAAUCGAUCAAAAACUUGUUAAAGUCAUAUUGGAUUGGGCUACAGUGUUCGGGAUCGCUGUGGCUAAUAUCCUUUGUACUUUUAAUCCAAAAGUUUUAGUAAUCGCCGGCGGUGUUUUAAACUUCCCUUUUUAUGUUGAUAGAGUCAUGGAAAUUGGUCAAGAAUAUGCUGGCGCCAUUGUUCCUGAAAUUUGGAGUGAAACUUUGGUGGUUAGAAGUUAUUGGAGUAAUGAUUUGGUUGUCAGGGGUGCUUUAGCGGCUGCUUAUGAUGAAGGAAAGUAA